AUGUUGGUUUGCAUCGCUAGUCAGUGUCAUCUGAAUGAAAAGAAAGAAUUAUCUUCAAAAGGUACCCCAUAUUUUGUUCUUGCUGAUAAUUUUUUAAGAGAUGAAGUGUCUCUUCAUCGCCGAUUCAAAAUUGAUUUCAGAUUUAAAUUCGCCGGGUCUUCAGUAUUGAACAACCAGCUCAAGUUCCUCACCCUCAUCUCCAACCUUCAUCAGAGAACCUUCCCUUCAAAUCCCCUCUCCUUUAGCAACAUUUCUUCAAUUGGAUUUUCUGAGAGAAAGAAGUGCAGGAGCAUCCAAAAUAAUCGGAGUUUUGUUCAUAGAAUCAUGUGUUCAUCAAAAGAGCCACCCGCAGAAACAGGGCUCACAUCAAAAGCAUUUGAAUCACUAAAGAUUGGGUCAACAACCAUCAUAGUGGAAGCUCCUAAAAUGUUGAAGACAACAACUUCUUUGCCUUGUCUCAGAGUUAAUUCUGUUUUAGUUAAAGCCGAUGAUGUUGGCAGAGAUUGAUCCUUCGCUCACAACUCACAUGGGAGGGACAAUGAGUUUUUAACAUCAUUAUAAAUGGUGAUAACAUGUUUCAAGAGAUUAAUAUUGUCAAAAUGAGUGGAGAUAUUAAUAGUGCUCUUGUGCUAACAGUCCAUGUUAGCAGGAGGAGUUUGACAAUAAUUUUGCAGCUUGUAAAAGGUAGUCAUACCAGUCAUAUCAUAAUCAGUGCCAUAGAGACCAUAGAGAUCUUUGAAAUUGUUAGAGCCGAGGCCAAUACUUCAAUUGAUUAAGUAAAAGCUUUGCAGAAAUUGAAGAGUUCUUUUCAGUUGGAAUGGCGAUCCAUGUGUUCCACAGCAGCAUCCAUGGAGUGGGAUUGGGUGAUGAAUAAGGCUAGAAUGCACAGCCGGAAUGGGCUAGAAUGUAAUCAGGAAUGGAUUGCAGGAAUGGGGGAUGUGACAUCAAGUACAAUUGUUUAUGGUGUAUUAGAUUCUUUUAUGUGAUGGUUUUAAUACUAUAGAUAGGAUACAUAUAGAGUACAGUUAAAUUACAGGUAAUUGCUGGUUGUUAAUACUAAGUAAUGGGAUUUAACAUUUAACUUAGGUAAGGUAUAAUUUAAUGUAACAAUGUGAUUCGAUGAAUUGAACAUUGAUUUACUCAUGCACAAAUAAGGCCUUUGGAAACAUAAAGUGUAUAUUAUUAUAUACUCAUAAAGAAAAGAAAGGUAUAUGGAUGGAU